CCCCACAAGGUCCCAGGCUGAGCAAUCAGGCAAUGAUGGCCAAGGUUGAAAAGAACGCCAGAGAGGCCAUUGAGCCCAGAAGGGCUAGGGAGGCCAAUGCAGAGGCAAAAAAAACAAGCCGCCAAGUCAUUGGUGUGUUGGCGCUGCCUCCACCUCUUCUAUCUCCGACAACCAGUUACAGUGUCCUGCCAGCUAUCAAGAAGGGCACUAAAGUGACGAAGGUAGAGACAACAGAGCCACCCCUGACACCUGAGGAUGAGGUGAGAAUGAACUCCUCUCCAUCUGUUGAUGACCCCCUGACCCCAAAAACCCCAGAGACUGAUGUCACCUCCGAUGCCACUUCUCUGGCGGACCCACCCCGUGAGAUGACACCUGAGAAUGUAGAGGAGGCCUUCUCUCUGGAGGACUUCCUGAAGUCUCACCCUCAGCGGAAGCUCAUCAGGAAGUUCCUCAAACAAAAGACCUGGAGGACCUAUGUGGUCCUCCUGCCAGCGAUGGCUCUGCUCAGGAGCUACAGUCCAGAGUCAUCCCACUCCUCCUGCCGAGGGUCAGGGGUGCUGAAGAUCGUCUCAGAGAUGUUCCACUGGCGGAGCUCUGAGCCGAAGGGGAGGCUCUGGGGCGGGCAGCCCCCCACGUCCAAUUCUGAGACAGACAAGGAGCUUCAGGGUAUAGCAGACAUGGCUGUGAGUAACAUCCUGAGGAAUGCCCAGGACGACUUAUUCUCCUCUGGUGUGAAUGACCUGGAGACGAUCAAUCCAAACAUCACUCUGACCAAAGAGAGGCUCUCCAGCAUCUUCUCAGAGCUGUUCAGGGAUGCCUGUGAGAGUGCCCAGGAGGCUGCCAGACGGAUCCACCACAUGAGGUCUGGAAGAGGCAACAACAGCCGGAAUGGGAGUCGGCCUGGGUCGUCACAGGGAUCGAGCAGAUCCAACAUGCCAGAGUUGCCGUUAAACCUCUGUCACCUGGCAGAGUGUGUGGAUGCUCAGCCACUAUAUCUGGAACAUCCAAGUGUGUCCUGCUCCAACAGAAGUGGCCUGCACCCCAUUCCAGAGCAGGGCUGGAUGGAGGAGCAUAUUGGCUCAGCCCUAGGUCAGUUGUCCACCAUUGAGGCAGACAUGGGCGAGUUAGAAAACUUCACCAGACCUCUGCCACUGGAAAAUGGAGACGACAGCUCAUCCAACAUGUUGUCAGGGCCAUCCACUGCCUCAUAUCCAUCCACCUGCCUGUCUUCUCCAGAUGUGACCUCAGAGGGAAGGGCCCAAUACACCAUUAUGGCCCUGGAAACCCUCCAGGAGGGGGAAGACACCAGCUGGAGUCGCUCUGGGUCAUCACAGAGAUCAAGACGGUUCAACCUCUGUCAUCAGGCAGAGGAGCUGGAGAGGGUUUACCUCCAGAGAGACACACUCCACUCCAGGGUCAGUGUGGGAGAACUGGGGUCAGUGAGGUGGGCCAAGGGAAGGGAUGUCCAUAAAGCCCUCAGCGAGGGGUCCCUCCCUGUCUUUGCCCUGCUCAGGGAGAGGCCAGGGGAGAUUUGGCCGACAAGCACUUGGGACAUGGAGCACAACCAGCCUCCCAGCACUCCCACAUCCAGCAAGGAGGAUUUGUGGGACAGCGACUCCACCUGGUCUCAUGGGGUUGGGGAGGAGGAGGGGGCAGAGCCCCGUGUGAGGUUGGCAGCUAUGUCGGAGGGGGGCAGCUCCCAGAUCCUGACCUCCCAGACCUCCACCUCACUCUCCAAUCACGACAAGAGGGCACUAGAGGCCAUCUGCCAGGUCCUGACUGCCUGGAUGGAACAGAUGCUGAACCGGACCUGCAACGACAUUUACAGUGCCAGUGUCAUCAUCCAGAAAGGUCAAUUUAUAACCUGUUUACCAUUAUGA